CUUUAAGUUUCAGCUGAAAAUUCUUGGAAUUACUUUAUGGAUUUAAUGGCAACUACUGAACCUCUUCAAAUUACUCGUCUCAUUAAUUUAGAAAUUCCAAAUUUGUUUUGGUUUCAGCUCUCGCUUCUUCUUCUCUGUUUCUUUCUCUCAACAUCUUCUGCUUCCUUUGUCUCUCUCUUCUCUACAUAUUCUUCUCUUUUAUGCAUCUUCCCUGGUUCUUUCUCUUUCUCUGCAUAGCUUAGCUUCGCUUCUUCUUCCUCUUCUUUACUGCUUUCUUCUUCUUCAUCUUCCCAGCUGGUUUCUUCUUCCUCUCCCCUGUUGCUUUCUCUUUCUUCUUCUUCACUGAUGUUGCUUCUAUAUUCUCUGCUUCUUUGAAUCUAUUAUCUACUUCCCCGCGUCUACUACUACUCCUGCUACUGCUGAUCUGUCUGUUCUCUGUUGUAGCUGUUGUUUUCUCUUCUCCGUAACUGUUAUUGGAUCUUUCCUCUGUCACUGAUGUUGCCUUCUCUCUUUCUUCUCUACUGCUGCUGCUGAUGAUGAUGAUGAUGAUGAGGAUUUCAUCCGUGUCCAAUUACUUAAUUUGUUUACUCUUUGCUUGGUACCACAUAUGUGUUUUGAUGGAAUUCCUGUGAGAAACCAAUUUUCUUGUUUGGGAGUUUGGGCUGAAUGUAGUAAAGUUCUCCAUUUGAGUUAUAUCACUUGAAAUUUUUUCUAACCAAAGUACCAAACUAAGCAAAAUCCGAGUACAUAGGAAGGAGAAACUUUGGAGCAAUUUUUUGAAACGUAAACAUCUCUUCAAACUCGAGAUGGGUUUUCUCCGACAAGAGGGGUUUGAUGUAAUGUGGUCCCAUAGGAAAAGAUUGAUUGCUGAGUACUGGCAUUGGAUAAGCUUAUUGCUGUAUGUCUGUCCCUUUGUUUUGAUUCUCUGUUUUAUGAACGUAUGAUAAGGUUUAUACUAAAGUUAUAAUGAUCAUGUUUCCUAUUUUACAGCUAAAGCUCUGCAACAUCUACAUAAACUUGGGAUUGUACACAGGGAUGUAAAACCAGCAAAUAUUCUUGUAAAGGCCAUCAUCAUUUUCUGAUUUGUUUUGUUUUGUUUUGUUUCUGAUCUUUUUGUGGGUAAGACUUUGUGUUUCCUAUUGAAGUGGUUGAAUAAUAUGCUGCUGGUGCCUCUGUUUUUUUUUUUUUUGGCAGCUUGAUGAAAACCUUCGUCCACAAUCUUAAACAAGUUUCUAUGGAGAACUGGAGAUCAUCUGGAAAGCCAACUGGUGGUUUCCAUAAAAAGAAUAUGGUCGGCACACUCAUUUAUAUGGCGCCUGAAAUAUUGAGAAAGGAGAUACAUAAUGAAAAGUCAGAUGUAUAUAGUUGCAGGUGUCCUUCACGUGUUGCAUCUUGCAUUUUUUGAAAUUUGUUGUGCUAGCGUGUCCAUGUCAUAUCUCUAUCGUGUCUCUUGUCCAUGUCCAUACUUCUUAGAGUGUCUAAUAAUGGAUUAAACACUAUUUUCUUGGGCUGACUAUUUUCAUGUCGUACUUGUCGAAAAGCAAAUAGAAUGAUUGGUCAUCUUGAUCAUUCAUGAAUGCCUUAAUUCACUUUAUCUAACAAAUUUCGUGGCAAUGUAAUAACAAGAAGGGUAUGCAUGUACUUUAUAUUGUUAGAUUCGGGGAUAACAUUUCAAUGCUAGAUAGUAGGUAUAGACCGAGUCUUUUGCUUUGUUAUCUAGGCAGCUUAUUUCUCUUACAGUCCUACCUUGUCGUAGAACUUGGGAUUUGAUAGAUCAUUAUCAUUUGCAAUGACAUGUAGAAGAAUUUAUUUUAUAUAAUUUCAUAUAAACAUGAAAUUUGAUAGAUCAUUAUCUUUUGCUUACUGGUGUUGUCCCAUAUACUGAUCUUCAUGCAGAAGCGCAGGCCCACGCUGUGCUGGAAAUGAACUGUACUGAACAGCAACUUACAGCAGCCGUGGUGUCUGAAGGAUUGCGACCUGCUCUUGCUGGUCACAGCUCGUCUGCACCAACAGAAAGAGAGUAGAGGAAGACGAAAAGGAAAAGGCACUUGUUGACCCCUCUAUCCCUCUUGGUGAUGAGGGCAUCCCGAGCCUUCUUGCUUAUCAAAAAAGUAUUAACUGGUUUACUGAGGGUGAAAACCUGUCAAAGAGAUCUUGUCUCGCAGCUGAUUCUGGUGUCAGAAUUUGGCCUGAUCCUUUUACUGAUCCUUCAGCAUACCAUCCAGUGCUGUCUUGGGAUCCUUCAGUACUUGUGGGAGUAGGGAGACAAUGGAGGACACUCACUUUCUUAUGCCCCAUAUGUGCGGUGAGAAGGAUAUCCAUGUGUUUGGAAUCUUUGAUGGUCAUCGAGGUGCAGCAGCUGCUGAGUUUUCUGCUCAAGCUCUACCAGGAUUUUUGCAAAGUCUUGGUUCCAUAAAAAGGUCCGAUGCAUUACUAGAAGCAUUUGUCAAGACAGAUGUUGCAUUCAGGAAUGAAUUGGAUUCCCAUCGUAAAUCUAAGGGAGUUAUUCAGAAAGACUGGCAUCCUGGUUGCACAGCCAUUGUGGCUCUUACAGUCAGAAACAAGCUUUUUGUUGCUAAUGCUGGCGAUUGCAGGGCAAUGCUAUGCCGAGCUGGCAGUGCUUAUGCUCUAAGUAAGGAUCAUGUUGCAAGUUGUCCCAAGGAGAGAGAACAUAUUAUCAGUGAAGGGGGACAGGUCAAAUGGCAAGUUGACACGUGGAGGGUUGGGCCUGCUGCUCUCCAGGUUUUCUUCUUAUCCUUUGCUUAACGAUAUUCUAGAAAAAUGUGUAGACUAUUGUCUUCUAAUAUGGUUGUCUAUUGUGAGGAAGUAUAUAAUAUAAACUUAUUUGUUUCGUCAAAUUCUUUUUGCACCAAGUGUUAAGACACAUG